UUAUAUAUUAAAAGGGAAGAGGUUGAUAUAAAGGGGCCAUGGAGAGGCGCCUGGAGAUGGAGGGCAUGUUGUCGAACAUCACCUUCAUCUUUGACUACGAGAAUCGCAGGAUCGUCCACUCAAGCUACAUUUACCUACAAGGAGCACGACAGAUCGUCAUCCGCCAGCAGCUGCAACAGAUGGAAAGGAACGUCCAAGCCGUUGUUGACGCCCUGAGCUCACGUCGCAUCAACACCCUGACAGAACUUCGACGCAUGGAGCGUAUCCUCCUUACCGCCAUCCAACCUCAUGUCACUGACCUACGCGAAAGUUCGCUUGUGGGAGUAUUGGCUACCGCUUGGCUAAAUUACGUUCAAAACCACAACCUCUUAAGCGAAUUGCGAAAUCUAACGCGCAAUUACCCCCUUAGUUCUGUCAUGUUGGAUGAAGCCAAGUCGUUGGUUAUGAACGACCCCGAACGUAGCCACAGCUGGAAUUUUGCCUGGUUGGUAUUGACUAAGAUUGAGGAAGAGGCAUUAGCCACAAAUGCUGAUAUGUGGGGAGGAAUUCUGCCUCAAGAGGAUAUGAUAACGAUGCUCGAGAUCAAGUGUCGCGAGGAAUGGACAAGAGCCGUUGAGAUCAUGUUGAGGCACUGGGAUACACAACCAGUAUUCCCAAAUGAGGGAGAUUAG